CUCCUCUUGGGCUCUUACAGAGACCGAGUUCUUCGCGUGAAGUUGAGACCGUCAGAUCGGAAAAUCCAAUCGAAAUCGAACAGAGAAAAUGGAGAGGAGAUGGGGAAAGAUGUGGGUAUUGAUGGGUUUGCUUCUAUUCAGCUGGGUGAGUGACGUCUCCUCCCUAUCUGUGACCGUAAACAACGUCGAAUGCGUCUAUGAAUACGUGCUCUACGAGGGCGACAACGUGUCAGGUAACUUCGUGGUCGUCGACCACGACAUCUUCUGGAGCUCCGAUCACCCUGGCAUCGACUUCAUCGUGACAUCUCCUGCUGGUAAUGAAGUUAAAACUUUGAAGGGGACCUCUGGAGACAAGUUUGAAUUUAAGGCCCCAAGAAGUGGAAUGUACAAAUUCUGUUUUCAUAAUCCCUACUCUACAGCAGAGACUGUUUCUUUCUAUAUUCAUGUUGGCCAUAUUCCAAAUGAGCAUGACCUCGCCAAGGAUGAGCAUUUGGAUCCAAUCAAUGUCAAAAUUGCACAGCUAAGAGAGGCAUUGGAGUCUGUUACAGCCGAACAGAAGUUCUUGAAAGCACGUGAUGCUCGACAUCGGCACACAAACGAAAGCACCCGUAAGCGUGUUGUAGGCUACACAAUUGGAGAGUACUUACUGUUGGCCCUUGCCAGUGGACUUCAAGUUAUAUACAUCCGCCGCCUGUUCAGCAAGUCAGUUGCUUACAACCGGGUUUGAACCAACUGGUUAAUUUAAUCAGUCCAUUAACUACGGGGCCGUAGAAUGAAUCCCAUAGAUGAGCCAGAAAAUUGUCUUGUUCUACAGCACAGCAAAAUUUAUACAUCCUUUUUACCCAGUGUUUUAUUCCAACUAGAAUGCAGUUUUCGAACAUAACUGUUUUAAC